UCAAACAACAUUAAUGCCCUUCUAUGUUUUCAUUUUGAUAUCGUAGGCCACCAGAACUGGGAUAACUCGUGAAGCUGCAUCAGUUGACUAUAUAUACACAUACACACACAAAGACUCAGGACACUGAAUCGAAUGGCAUGUAUAAUGCUACAUAAUCACAAAACCCCAAUUUCAGUAUUUAUCUUCUGCGCUUUUUGGGCAUUCAUCGUGUGUUCAAUUGCUCCCCAAAAAGUCCUUGCAAAAUCUGGCAGUCCAAUUUCUGACGUUGAGAUUAGAGAAAAGAAAACCCAGUGUUACGAAGACAUCGAGAGUGGAUUGAGGGGCUUGCAAUGCAAAACUUCGAUUAUAGCAAAGGAGAAUUGCGCUUUGCGAUGUUUGUCUCCGGCUUGUUACGAACUCGUUUACGAGAGCGAUCCGUUGGAAGAGGGAGAGAAAGAUUAUACCAGGAGCCAAGAGUAUAAAUAUUGCAUGCACAAGUUAUCAAUGGGAGAGAACCUGGAUGAUGUUAAAGGUUCCUUCGACCUUUAGUUUAUUCAAGUGUAGGAUGAAAAAAUAGAAAGAAAAAAAAGGAAUGUUUAUAUUUUGUGAAACUUUAUGCACUCCUCUGAAUGAAUAAUCCCUUUCGAAAUUCUCAGACUUGAAUUAUUUUUGAUUCAA